ACUUCCUGUCCCACCAGAGGAAGUGGGGUGAGACAGCAGGUGCAGCAACAGCUAGCAGGGCCAUGGACAAGGAGUAUGUGGGUUUCGCCACCCUCCCCAACCAGCUGCACCGCAAGUCUGUCAAGAAGGGGUUUGACUUCACACUCAUGGUGGCAGGGGACUCAGGCCUAGGGAAAUCCACCCUCAUCAACAGCCUGUUUCUCACCAACCUCUAUGAGGAUCGGCAACUGCCGGAGGCCAGUGCUCGCUUGACACAAACGCUGACCAUUGAGCGCCGGGGUGUGGAGAUUGAAGAAGGGGGUAUUAAGGUGAAACUGACCCUGGUGGACACUCCUGGCUUUGGGGACUCAGUGGAUUGCUCAGACUGCUGGCUGCCCGUAGUGCACUUCAUUGAGGAGCAAUUUGAGCAGUAUCUUAGGGAUGAGAGUGGCCUCAACCGGAAGAACAUCCAGGAUUCCCGUGUCCACUGCUGCCUCUACUUCAUUUCACCCUUUGGCCGGGGGCUCCGGCCCCUAGAUGUGGCCUUCCUCCGGGCGGUGCAUGAGAAGGUCAACAUCAUCCCCAUCAUUGGCAAAGCAGAUGCCCUGAUGCCGAAGGAAACGCAGGCCCUCAAGCAGAAGAUCCGGGACCAGCUGAAGGAGGAGGAGAUCAGCAUUUAUCAGUUCCCCAAUUGUGACUCUGAUGAAGACGAAGACUUCAAGAGGCAGGAUGCGGAAAUGAAGGAAAGCAUCCCUUUCGCAGUUGUCGGUUCGUGCGAGGUAGUGAGGGACGGUGGGAACCUACCGGUGAGGGGACGCCGCUACUCCUGGGGUACCGUGGAGGUGGAGAACCCACAUCACAGCGAUUUCCUGAACCUACGACGGAUGCUGGUGCAGACACACUUGCAGGACUUGAAGGAGGUAACGCACGACCUGCUCUACGAGGGCUACCGCGCCCGCUGCCUACAGAGCCUGGCCCGGCCUGGAGCGCGGGAUCGAGCCAGCCGUAGUAAGCUCUCCCGCCAGAGCGCCACAGAGAUCCCUCUGCCUUUGCUGCCUCUGGCCGAGACGGAGAAGUUGAUCCGCGAGAAAGACGAAGAGCUGCGCCGAAUGCAAGAGAUGCUGGAGAAAAUGCAGGCCCAGAUGCAGCAGAGCCAGGUUCAGGGCGAACAGUCGGACGCUCUCUGAGGUCCCCGCCUGGGCCCUGCUUUACCUCGGCUCCUCCUUCAGUCUGUCCCUUGUCCAGUCCCCGAGUCCCAGGCUGCCCAGUGCCUUAUCCCGGAGCCCCAAGAUCCGCCUUUGAGCGGGCUUCUCUAUAACAGAUUCCCCCAGUCCCAGAGUUUGUGGCCCCGCCUCUAGCUCCGCCCCGACCCCACCUGGGUUACGCCCGCCCCGCCCACUUCACCGGCUGUGAGCUUCCAACCCAGUCCUUGACCUCCCCCACCCCGCCCUUCUUCACCACGCUGUGACAUCAAUAAAGUGUUCCUUUA